AUGGAUAAUGCAAUUGAUUUAAUACAUUUUGAUCGUUCAAUUUAUACUAAACCAGAUUAUGAAAUAACUGCAUCUAAAUUAAUUAAUUAUAAUAAUGAAUCAGUUAAUCCAGAAGAAUUGGGAACAUAUUUAGAAGGUGAUAUAUUGAUUCCAUUUCCUCAUAAAAAUUCUCGCAAUGGAUUAAUUUCACAAAUUUAUCGUUGGCCAAAUAAUACAAUACCAUAUUUAAUUGAAGGAACAUUUACAUUAGAUGAAUUAGAUAAAUUACGUAUUGGUUUUAAUGAAUAUCAUAUAAAAACUUGUAUUCGUUUUAUUCCACGUACAAUCGAAACAGAUUAUAUUACAAUUGUUAAUGGAAAAUCUGGUUGUUGGUCAAGUAUUGGUAAAAUUGGUGGAAGACAAGAAAUUAAUUUACAGACACCAGCUUGUUUAUCUAAAGGUUCAGGAACAUUUAUACAUGAAUUAAUGCAUGUUGGUAACCAAAGUACAAUAUCAGCUUUUGGAUUACCUUAUGAUUAUGGUAGUAUUAUGCAUUAUUCACCAUUUGCUUUUUCAUCAAACGGACAACCUACAAUCAUAGCCAAGUUUCCUACCAAUUCUAUGGGGCAAAGAAUUGGUUUUUCAUCACAUGAUAUUUCAAAAAUUAAUGCAAUGUAUAAGUGUGACCAACAAAUAUCACAAAAUCAUAAUAAUUUGGGACAUGCUCAAUAA